CACCCCUCUCUCCUCACUUUCUCUCUCUACAAGUACAUUUGCAUAUAUAUAUAUAUGUAUGUAUGUAUGUAUUCGCAUUAUAUAUAUCUGUGCGAAACUGAGCUUUUUCUGGUCCUACUUCUCACAGGUAAGCCGUAAGCCUUAAGCCCCGCUGUUUCUGUGGGUGAUUUCCUGUGCUCAAUUUUCGAAAUGUGAAGCGUCGAUGGUGUGAAUUGUUUGGCCUAUUGGGCGGUGUAAUUGGAGACAGCUUGGUGAGCCGAGCGUGGGUUGCGUACUGGUGAACGGUUACAAAAACUGAGGGUUUAGUUGACGUAUGGUAAUUUGUAUCUUGGGAAACCAAUGUGUCAUUUCUGUCGAAAGCUUUGGUAAUCUUUUUGUAGGUUAGCUGGUUUUCGAGUUUAAAACUCGGGCUUCGUCGCUGGAGUUCAUUAGAAUUUGGGUGUUUGGAGAAGUUUUCUGGAGAGAGUUUGCGGGACGGGUCGUCGGUUUUUUUCUGGUUUCGAAGCAUUGCUUUCCGGCGAAGAUUCGGUUUCUUAGUUUUGCCAGAAAGCUAAUGCAAUGCAGCAGUAUUCAGAAGAAACUUAUUUCGGUCAUUCAGAGGUUCCCUUACGUGUUCUCGAGGGAAUGGGAAGUGGAGCAUGGAAUUUGUCAGCAUCCAAUGUUUGUCGCAUCUCAACUGACGCUACACUGUUUUCUACUUCAUUACCGGUUUUUUCCCAUGAAAAGUUGAACUUAGGCAAUAGAGGUCAUAUUAUUCAAUCCAUUAACGAUAUCUCGUCUUGCUUGAAUAAAUUCCAUUCAGAUGUGGAAGGUAAUGAACUAGCAGGCUUUGAAAAUCUUGCAAUAAGAAGCCUGCUUCCUGAUGACGAGGGUGACCUUUUAGCUGGCGCAACAAAUGAUUUUGACUUAAGUUGGUUGCCUAAUAAUGUGGAUGAUUUGGAAGAGUUUGAUUUCUUUGGUAGUGGAGGUGGCUUGGAAUUGGAAUGCGAUCCACAGGAGAGCUUGUGCAAGGGUAUGUCAAAGAUAAAUCUGACUGAGGGUAUUGUUGGACAUGGCAGUCCUCAUUAUGGUUUUCCAAAUGGUGUGGGAACUGUUUCUGGAGAACAUCCUUAUGGAGAGCAUCCUUCCAGAACCUUGUUUGUUCGAAAUAUUAAUAGUAAUGUCGAGGACUCAGAGCUGAGAGCACUCUUUCAGCAAUAUGGAGACAUCAGAAACCUAUAUACUGCAUGCAAACAUAGGGGCUUUGUGAUGAUAUCUUAUUAUGAUAUUCGAGCUGCUCGAACUGCUAUGCGGGCUUUGCAAAACAAGCCACUAAGGCGGAGGAAACUGGACAUUCACUUCUCAAUUCCCAAGGAUAACCCAUCAGAUAAAGACAUUAAUCAAGGAACUCUUGUAGUCUUUAAUUUGGAUCCAUCAGUUUCCAAUGAUGAGGUUCAUCAAAUAUUUGGGGCUUAUGGUGAGGUCAAAGAGAUAAGGGAGACACCUCACAAGAGGCACCAUAAGUUCAUUGAAUUUUAUGACGUAAGAGCUGCUGAAGCAGCACUUAAGGCCUUAAAUAAGAGUGACAUAAACGGAAAACGCAUAAAGCUUGAACCUAGUCGCCCUGGGGGAGCACGUCGAAACCAUAUGUUGAACAUGAACCAAGAGGGUGAACAAGAUGAAUCUGGGAGUUUCCGACACCAAACUGGUUCCUCAACAAUGAACUCUCCUCCAGGUAGUUGGCCGCAGUUUGGCAGCCCUAUAGAUCAUACUCCACUUCAAAAGCUUGGUAAUUCCCUGGGUCUGAGGCGUGGGAGUUCUCCAAUUGGUAGUAAUUUGCCAGGAUUAGCUUCAAUUCUGCAUCCUCAGAUGUCAAACGCUAAAAGGAUUGCACCUAUUGGCUAUGGAAGAUUUGGCAAGUCAGAGCACAAAUUCACUAAUGCUGAUUCAAACAGUGGAGGUGUUUUCCAGCAAUCUCAUUCAUUUCCAGAGCAAAUACCAAAUCAACAUACUGGGGCCAUGUCUUCUUUUGGUGCUUCAAGUUCUAAUGAUUCUGGUUUUGAGACAUUGUCUGGGCCACAAUUUCUUUGGGGUAGUCCCAAUGCAUACCCAGAACAAAAUAAUUCUGCCAGGGGAACAUCAUCAGUGGGGCAUCCUUUUCCAUCAAAUUGGCAGGACCAUGGUUUCCCUUUCACUGGUCACCAAGGAUCUUGCCUUGGUUCAACUCAACACCAUCAUCAUAAUGUUGGAUCUGCUCCACCAGGGUUUCCUGCGAGAAGGCACUUUGGUUUUUAUCAACAGUUGCCUGAAACAUCAUUUCUGCAUCCACCUGCCUUUGGAGUGAAUGCUGGUGCUCAUGCUGCCAUGAAUACUAGUGCUGCUGUUACAGGAAAUAUGUCAGAAUCUGCUUCUCCUGGUUUCAGGAUGACAUCAUCUCCAAGGCUUGAUCCUCUAUUCCCAGGUAACAGUGAUUACCCAGGACACAUACCAGCCAGCUUGGAGGGCUUCGAGCGUAGGUGGAGGCAACUCGUUGCAAAAAAUGGCAACCUGGUGGGUAGCAAGAAACAGUUUCAGCUUGACUUGGACAGGAUUCAAAGUGGAGAAGAUACUCGGACGACUAUAAUGAUUAAAAACAUCCCAAAUAAGUACACAUCAAAAAUGUUAUUAGCUGCGAUUGAUGCAAAUCACAGGGGAACCUACAAUUUCUUUUAUCUUCCCAUUGAUUUCAAGAACAAAUGCAAUGUGGGCUAUGCAUUUAUCAAUAUGCUGUCUCCUUCACAUAUUAUUCCGUUUUAUGAGGCAUUUAAUGGAAAGAAAUGGGAGAAGUUUAACAGUGAGAAAGUUGCUUUAUUGGCAUAUGCCCGAAUUCAGGGAUUGGCAGCCCUUGUCCACCACUUCCAGAAUUCAGGUGUGAUGAAUGAAGAUAGGCGUUGCCGACCAAUUAUCUUCCACUCAGAUCGCUUGGAGGCUGGUGAUCAGAUUAUCCAAGAACAUCAUACCUUUCAUGGUUUGAAUAUCCAAAUCCUUCAAUCAAACAUGUCGCACUCAAAGGAUUCUCCAGCAAGUACCUCCGAGGGCUGUCCAGAUGAGAACCCAGAUAAGAGUCAACAGUUGUAAGAUGGAAGCAGAUGGCCUGCAGUCCCAAUCAGUGUUGGCUGUGAGUACUGUUGCCUAUGUAAGUUCAUAAGAUAUAGGAGGUGAAUCAGACAAAGAGACCGUAGACUUUGCGUAUAGAAGCUAUAGCUUGGAUGAAUCAGAUAAACUGCUGGGAGCGGCAGCAGGAGUAUUUCGACUGAUAUGCAGAUCAAGUGUCGCCCUAUGCAUUGGUGGCCUGUAUGCGUGUUCUCCUCUUCCUGUUCUCAGUUUCAAGUGUUUUUGAUAUAUUUUGACUAGACUUGGGUAAAAAUUAAUUUGCAUACCUGAAUGUUUGUUUGGAUUUACAAUAUAUGUGCAAGCAUGCGGGGUUGAAAGGUUUUGAGGGCUUGAUUUUUUUUUUUUUUUUUUACCAUUAGCAAACUGUAUAGUGGGGGAAAAGGGAAAGGGAUGCUUUUUGUCAUUCAUUGACAAAUGCGUAGUUUUUAGACAUCAGAUUGUAGAUAACAUUCUGCAGGCAUGAAAGCCUCCAGGCAACCGCUAAAAUGAAGUGUUUUCUUGAAUGCUCCGAAUGAAAAUGACAGAUUUCUGUUGACUAA